AUGCAGGCAGAACAUGAACCUGCUGUGAACAACUGUAAUCAGGAGCAGUCUGUUCAAGAAGUACAUCUACACAGUGUAAAUGGCCUUGGCGUUGAAGAAACUGAUCUCAAGCGACUGGACCUGACAAACGAGCAACCUUGCCAGAAUGCACCGGCCACACCUGCAAUUUCGUCGUCACAGAUGUGCCCGCUCGUUCAUCGUGCUGUAGGACAGGAUACAAGAUCUUGUUUCUUUGGGGGUUAUGAUACACUUUCUCACACACCUGGUGCAAUAACAGCGUUAUGUGGGGUUGAAGAAAAUGUGUUUUCUCUCCUGCUAACCAUGCUGCCUCAGACAAGGGAUAAAGGGAGCGAUGUCAGUGUCCCAAACAAGCUUGCGAUUUUUCUUGUCAAGAUGAAGCACGGUAUGCCAUUUAGUGCCAUAGCCGUACUGUUCUCAAUUCAUGAGACGACUGCGUCAAGGAUUUUCCACAGUGUCUUGGGCACACUGGCACACGCCACAAGAAAGUGGAUCUAUAAGCCACAUUUGCGUGUCAUUCACGACACAAUGCCGGAGUGCUUUAAGCUCAGUUACCCAGAAUGCACUCUCAUUGUUGACUGCACGGAGGUGCGAACCGAAACACCAUCAGAUGUGAGGCAGCAACAUGUUUUGUACUCCUCCUACAAGAAUGGCUUUACUCUAAAAUUUUUAGUAGCCAUAGCUCCCUCUGGCUUGAUAGUUUACAAGUCGAAGUCAUAUGGAGGUCGCUGCUCAGAUGCACACAUAGUCCUAGACUCAAACUUCCUUGAUAUAAUUGAAGAGAGGGAUGUGAUCCUCGCUGACAAGGGAUUUCCGGGCAUACGAGCAGGUGUAGCAGGGAAAAGUGCAGUGCUGGUAAUGCCACCCUUUUCGACAGGCAACCAGCCAUUUUCUAGAGAAGAGCUGCAGCAAACACAUCACAUUGCUCAAGUCCGCAUUCAUGUUGAGCGCAUGAUACAAAGAAUAAAGACACAUGGAGUUUUGCAGCACCGCAUACCAAUAACCUUAAUCCCUGCGAUGAGCAGCAUAUUUCACAUGUGUUGCGUAUUGGCAAAUCUACAGGCUCCCAUCAUUCAAUCCAAGAAAAAACAAACUCGUUAA